UUUGGCGAACGUCUCGUCCGUGUGUGUUGUUACAACUCCCUCUCGUGCGCAGGGUGGUUUUGUUGUCGUUUGAGGUCGACGUCGGGCCGACACGGUCGCGGUUUGACACACGCGUGCAAGGAGCUGGAAGAAAGUGCAUCGAGUGGCGGCCUACUACGACGCUCUCUCGGAUAUUGAUUUACUCGUCGUGGCGUGCCAAUAAUUGGAGCGAUAUUUUUUUUUUCGGGGUAUUGCACGUUAACGCUGUUAAGGUGAAACUCAGUGCGCCAGAGAGGUGCGACGUGAGUUAGACGACGUUCGAAAGGGUCGCGGCGAGAGAACUCGCCGAGGGGAAAGUAAGAGGCAGCGCUGAAUUUGCCUCAAUUUAGUCGGAUCACAACAUCGCGAGCUGUCGGCACAGACAGAGUGGGCAGAGAGAACGAGAGCGCGAGCUCGGAGAGUGAGAACACAGUGGGUUUGUAAGAAUCAGAUGUGACACAAUCUGUUCGGCGGUUGCUAGACGAGACGAAGCGGGUAGACAGUCGGCGGAACUUGCUGGAGUAGGAGACUACCAGACCAAGACAAGUGGUAGCAGUAGCAGCAGAGUGUCGGCAGUAACAAAGAAGGAAAAUCGUGGAGGAUACACCCAAUUUGCUCCAGCGCGUGGAGCCGAUUGGAUCAGCGAGUCAGCGGACUUUGCGGAUUAUCAGCAGCGUAGAGUGUCAGGUGUACAGGUGUCGAGCAGUGCGCUGGAAGAAGCUGUACGGUCAACACCGAAGAGGAUCUGAGUGUGAAUACAGUGCGUACCGUGAUUAGUAGUGAGAAUCCGUGAAGGGUAGGUGGAAACGGGGUUUAGUCGAGACGAAUCGUGCACGACGACCCGAUCGAUGGGUUCACAAGCUUGCUGGCGAUAGCUAGGUGUACGGGGUGCGCGCUGAAGCAAGCAAAUCAAAGAGGUAGAGAAGAGGGAAGAGCGGUGUGAGUGCGGCAAAGCAAACGAGAGGAAGGCAAAAGAAGGAAAAAAAUGUGUGUGUGAGCGCUCGAUUCGUGGUAGAGUAUUGGCAACAUAGCAGAAAUUAAAAUUGUGUUCAAGAAGAAUAAGUCGACGGGGACGACAGCAAGCAGCAGCAGCAGCAGCAGUACCGACAAUAACAAGCAGAGCACGGUGUUCGGAAGAGCAGGAGAAGCAAGAAACCAAGAAGAUCGUGCUGAAUAAACGAAGGAGGGUGCGAAGCACGGAGUGCAAGGCACGAAGAGAGUAAUAUCAAAUGCACAUAGUUGUUUGUUGUUGUUAUUGCUAGUGUAGAGUGUAUUAUUAUUGCUGUUAUUCGCAUUUAUAACAGUUCCCAGUGAGUGAGUACCGAGACACCAACACACAGCAAAGUCGUGUCGGAACACCCACAAACACAGCGGAGCGCUCGGCGGAGAAGUGGAGGUCGGCAGUACCCGCAGCAGCAGCAGCAGCAGCAGUAGCGGUGACCGAAAAGUGGAAAGGCAAUAGAAAUCUGCGCUCGCUCAGUGUCUUUGUUCAAAAUUUUGCAAGGAAACACCAGUCCAAGAGGCUCGACGACGUCACCGCAGUGUAGUUCAAGUUGUGUUUUUUUAGAGUCAUGCACCAGCUUCGGGAUCGCCACCUGCCACCAACCUGCCGUUGCCGCACUCUGCUGAUCAACCGGCCCGAGGAACCACUGUCUCCUCGGCACGGUAGUUCGCCACCUCGGCAGCAGCAGUGCCAGCAGCUGAACCACUAGGAAUCCCGAAGUUCGGCGCAGGUUCAGCUGAAGAAACGGAAGCAGUUUCGGGAAGCGAGUGUGUUGGAAAAGCAGCGGUACCAGAGAGGAAGAAGAAGAAAAAAACAGCACAGCUCAAUGAAGAACAAGCAGCAGCAGCAGGCACCAAAGAAGAAGCAGAAGCAGCAGCAGCCAGUGCAGAAGAAAAACUUGGAUAUCAUGUUGAGCUCUUCCUACUAUAUCUACAUGUCUGCUGGAACGCAACUGCAGAUGGCACCACAGACAACCAUAGUACAACAAGUCGGCCAAAAUCAUCACCAUACGCAUCAUCUACCGCAGCCGCCGCAGCAGCAGCAGCCACACCCGGUGCAGCAGGCGGCCCACUACAGCAGCAACCCCCAGCAGCCGGUUGGAUUGGUAGUUCCGCCACCGCUGGGAGCGCUCACUAGUUUGCAGCAGCAACCGCCGCCACACUACACCAACAAUAACAAAGACCAGCAGGACUCCAACAUGAGCACCGGCUCGUCGCAUAGUGAUAAGGAGCUAGAGACUAUAAUCAAUACCCCGACGCCGGAGAAGAUUCCCCGGACGCCGUCGGACCGGAAGCGCAAGCGGAAAGCACCGGACGACAAUGGGGGCCCCGGGGGAGGGGGUGUGGGAGGCGUUGGAGGCGGCGUCGCCGGAGGUCAUAUUCGUGAUAGAGAUAGUGUUAAGGGUCCGCGUUUGUCGAUACCACCAUUAGGCGAUAAGAAAAUCAAUGACUACUUUUCCAAGCAUCCGGUGAGCAGCCCCCAUCGGCCACAUCCGGCCGGUACCGGAGCGAGUGGUCCCCUAGGAGCAAUAAGUAAUUCUGGCCCGCAGGCACAGCCUGGUCCCCCGGGCGGCGGAAGUCAAGGGCAAGGCCCGCAGGUUUCCACCAAGAGUCCCAGUCCCCAGCAGCAGCAGCAGCAACAGCAACAACAGCAGCCGCCGCCACCGCAGCACGGUCAGUACCCAAUGUAUCCACCUAGUCCACAACCGCAGCUCGUACCUGUGGUGACCUCCAGUGGUAACCUUACCAGCGCGUCGACGCCCCAGGACAUUUACGGGCGACCGCAGCGCGGCGGUUCCGUUUCUUCCACACUAGUUCCUCCAUCGUCAGUAUCCGCCACGUCGACGUCGUCGUUACUAAACGCAUCCUCAUCUGUUGUGUCCGGGGUGGGCACGGUCCCCAACUCCCAGCAGCAACAACAGCAGCGAGAUCGAGAUUCUCAGCCACCUCCACCUCCCCCAAGUUCUGUCGUCGUGCAGCAGCAGCAGCAGCAGCAAGUGCAAACGCAGCAGACGCAACAAACGCAAGCUGCCCUGGGAACGCCCAACUCUUCACUAGCCAUCAACAGUCUAGCAGCGUCGUUAAACCAUGCCAACAACGGUACCAACACCAACACCAGCAGCAGUAGUAACAGCCACAGCCUAGCGAAUGCCGCCACGUUAGCUCAAGUCACCUCCCAGCAGCAGCAGGUUCAGCAGGUUCAGCAACCCCAGACGCCCCCCGCUCCCCUCAUGGUGUCCAAGCUGACCCAGACGGACCUGUCCGCCGCGGACAUUACCGAGCGGGACACCGACUUUGAGCAGUCGCGGACGCGGGCCGACGAGCUGUCGCGGCUGUCGGACGAACAGAAAUGCCAAAUCAGCGCCCACCAAAAGGUGAUCGAGCAGCACAAGAGCCACAUCAACAAGUGCAUCGACGUGGUGAAGAAGCUGCUCAAGCAGAAGAGCAACAUCGAGAAGAAGGAGGCGCGGCAAAAGUGCAUGCAGAACCGGCUCCGGCUGGGCCAGUUUGUGACGCAGCGGGUCGGGGCGACCUUCCAGGAGAACUGGACCGACGGUUACGCAUUUCAGGAGCUGGCCAAACGCCAGGAGGAGAUCACUGCCGAGCGGGAGGAGAUUGACCGCCAGAAGAAAUUGCUCAUGAAGAAGCGACCGACGAACAGCGAGAGCGGCCGGAAGCGCAACAAUUCCAGCACGUCGGCGGCGGCGGCUGCCGCUGCGGCGUCCGGCACCGGUGCCGGUGGCGCCGGCUCGUCGACGACGCUGGCCGCGUCUACGCUGCACAACGGCAACGACAACACGUUCCUAAAGCCGGACCCGGUGGUGAGCAGCAACACGACGUUCACGAUCCAGGAGUACUACGAGUGCGACGAGAUACUGAAGCUGCGCCAGAACGCGCUCAAGAAGGAGGACGCCGACCUGCAGCUGGAGAUGGAGAAGCUCGAGCGGGAGCGGAAUCUGCACAUCCGCGAGCUGAAGCGGAUACACAACGAGGAUCAGUCGCGCUUCAACAAUCAUCCCGUGCUGAACGACCGGUAUCUACUGCUGAUGCUGCUCGGCAAGGGCGGUUUCUCCGAGGUGCACAAGGCGUUCGACCUCAAAGAGCAGCGAUACGUGGCCUGCAAGGUGCACCAACUGAACAAAGACUGGAAGGAAGAUAAGAAAGCUAACUAUAUUAAGCACGCGCUUCGGGAGUACAACAUCCACAAGGCGCUCGACCACCCGCGGGUCGUCAAACUGUACGAUGUGUUUGAGAUCGAUGCCAACUCAUUCUGCACCGUGCUGGAGUACUGUGAUGGGCAUGACCUGGACUUUUAUCUGAAGCAGCACAAGACGAUACCGGAGAAGGAGGCCCGAUCGAUCAUUAUGCAGGUUGUGUCAGCGUUAAAGUAUCUGAACGAGAUCAAGCCUCCAAUCAUCCACUACGACCUGAAGCCGGGCAACAUCCUGCUGACGGAGGGUAACGUCUGUGGUGAGAUCAAGAUCACCGACUUUGGUCUGUCCAAGGUGAUGGACGAAGAGAACUAUAACCCGGACCACGGUAUGGAUCUAACGUCACAAGGUGCUGGAACUUAUUGGUAUUUGCCGCCGGAGUGUUUCGUCGUGGGCAAGAACCCGCCCAAGAUUUCGUCCAAGGUGGACGUGUGGAGCGUCGGGGUGAUAUUCUACCAGUGUCUGUACGGGAAGAAGCCGUUCGGGCACAACCAGAGCCAGGCGACGAUCCUCGAGGAGAACACGAUCCUGAAGGCGACCGAGGUGCAGUUUGCCAACAAGCCGACCGUCUCGAACGAAGCGAAGAGCUUCAUCCGGGGCUGCCUGGCGUACCGGAAGGAGGACCGCAUGGACGUGUUCGCGCUGGCCAAGCACGAGUAUCUGCAGCCGCCGGUGUCGAAGCACAGCCGGUCGGUGGCGUCGAGCCAGAACCAGCACGGCAGCGGCAACAGUGGCGUCGGCGGCAGUGGCCAGGCGGGCGCCGGCAGUGGUGCCGGUGGCGGAGGGGGUGGAUCGGGGGGUUCGGGCGGCGGCGGUGGCAACCAGGCCGGCCAGCAGACGUCCUUUUCCACGGGCAUGUUUGGCAACAUGAACCAGUCGAGCUCGUCUUAGUGUCGAUUCUUCGCUGUCGGCGCCGGCUUGAAGGUCGUGGCGGCGGCGACGACGACGACGACGACGAUUGCUGCCGCGACUCCAACUCUGACUUUGACAGCUGCCGCUGCUUCUGCUCCUUCCGCUAUUGCUAUGACGACGACGACGACCGCCGCGACGAAUGCGAUCAACGCCAACAACAACAAGAACGAUCUUUCGCCGCCAACGUCAUCCAAAUCAUCCAAAUAAGGUGAGAGAGAGAGAGGGAACGUCAAUCUGACGUUCGUCGUACUGUAAGUAACAAACCACAACAAGCAAAUGUGAUGUGCUUAGCAAAACAAACAAACAAAAUAAUGAGAUACACAGCAAAACAAUAGAUGGAAGUCGUUUUUUUCCUAGCAAAUCAAAAAAACAAGAGUAAGAAGACGAAAGGGAAAAUGAACCUUACACGCACACACAUCAUCCAACCAGAAAACAAUUGAAAAAUGUUCCCCUCAAUCAAAUCAACAAGCAAACCAACCCGAAUCCAAACACAAAAAUUAAAAGUCGAUGUUUGUCGUGUAAGUAACAAAAAAAAACAAGAAAACACGUGACGUUCAUAAGCUAAAACGAGAAAAAGAUUAAGAGAAAUAGUAAACAAACACACACCCUUUUACAUAAAAACAAAGCAAAACAAAAACUGCACGUCAGCGCCGGUAAGGUAAGACGAAAGACGAGGGGGCGCAAACUCGAAUCAACGUUUUAGCGUAAAACUUAUUUUUUCUUAUUUCUCUUGUACAUAGAAAAAUCAAAACAAAAAAAAACACAAACUCACACACACACACAGAACAACAGUCGGAAACAGAAGAAGCACACGGACGCGGAUGAUGGUUACGAUGCAUGGCGAAGGAAAAAUUUUGUUUGCGUUUUUUUUUUUGCACACUAAGUUUAUUGUUUUAAUUCUCAAUUGUUUCAAUGCUUGGAAUAUAACGAAAGGCUUGUCAAUAUAUUUUUUUCUUAUAAAAAAAUAAAAAUUUAGCGGUCAAAGUGUCACUUUCAAACGCGAUGAUGUCAAAAAGCAACUAUACUGCAUUUCAGCGUGAAUUGAAGAGUGUCGUCGGUGAUGAGUUCAUCUUGAACAGCGGUGUGAGCGAUUGUGGUUAUGAUGACUUCGGCGUAGCGGUUCUAAAAUUGAAAAUAUUUCGUGAGUUAUUUUUUUUUUCGAUGAAAAAUAUUGCAUUUUUUACAGUUUUAACUGUUUGGCCAUAUUUAACAAUUUUUUAUCGGAUUUUUUGUGAAAUAAUUACAGAACAAAAUUAGCUAAAUGAAUUCUGCCUAUAAUAUUGUAAAGAGUUUUCUUGCUCUCAGUGAAUGCUCUAUGAAUUAAAUUCUAGGAUUUUCUGAGAAAAUGUCAAGGAGGUAUUAAACCAAGACACAAAAUUAAAUAAACUUGCUUUUCUUGCGAUGCGAUUUUGUUUGCUCGUUUGUCAUAGUCUAAUACCUCGGAUAAUCGUCAAGAUUUAAAAGGUAAAAUGAAUAUUUCAGCAAAUAUAAGUAUUUUUAACGCAUUAUUGGCAAAAAAAUACAGUUUAUUGUUGAAACUCGGCAUUUUCCAAUCGUCAAGAUUUAAAAGGUAAAAUGAAUAUUUCAGCAAAUAUGAGUAUUUUCAACGCAUUAUUGGCAAAAAAAUACAGUUUAUUGUUGAAACUCGGCAUUUUCCAACUGAGAAAAAGUUAAAACAAAGUUUGCCGUAAUGGAAUACCGCCUUCACUUUAGUGACUGUUUACGCUGAACCACGGACGAACGGACAUGACACGGGGUUUCAAAAAGUGAAGCAGUUUUUCUUUUACUUCUUCUUGGCGAAAACCUGAGCAAGCGAGAUCGCUUAUGUCAAAAUCUUCGCACCACGUGGUUUAAAACGUAAACAAAGCCAGCUGAUGAUGCAAACUCAUGGUCAUUUUUUGAAAUGGUCGUAUGAAUGUAUAUUAAAAUUACAAUUUCUAUAUCUUUUUCGGCAAUUUUCGGGUUCAUGAAAAAUUACGUAGAAUCAUAAAGACAAACUUAAUUCCAAACAACUGUUUCUAGCACCAUACUAAAGCUAAAUGUUUUAAUUAAUUGUUGCAUAAGACAUUUUGAGAAAUCAUGCUUAUACGCGCGAUGCUACUUCGACAACUUGAAUGUAGAUGGCGCAAGUGAUAGUUUGCUUCAGAAAUUUGAAGAAAAUUUGUUCCUGGUGUCAUGUCCGUUCGUCCGUGGCUGAACUUUUUUUCACAAUUUUGGUGAAAAUAUUCCGCAACUCAAAAUAUAAUCUUGUUGCUGCCCUCUCUGCCGUAACGAUAAACGUCAAGACUCAUACCAGAGUUCACGAUGAACUGUCCAAAGUUUCAGUUCAAUGACUUAAAAGCGAGUUAAAAUGCACGCCGAAAUCUAGUAUAGCAGCUCAACGCGAACAUUGGUACAGGUUCCGUUGGCAAUGAUGAAAAACCGCAGAUUUUUGCGUAUUUCCACUAUUUGUCUCAAUUUUAACUAAGAAAACUCAACUUUCAAGAUGUUUCGAACAUCGAAAAAAAAAGUCAAAUCAAGCAGACGAAAGGAACAGGAGGAGCAACAGAAAGAGUCAGAGCGGAAGAGAGGCUGAGGAAAAAGCAAAAAGGAGCCGGGCAAAACGAAGAUGCCGUGAAAUUAAAAAAGGAAAUUCGCAAAGAAAACAAGAAAAGUGUGUGCGCGUGAACUUGAGAAUAAAUGUGUGCGAAAUAAUGUAUGAUUGCGCUGUAAAUUUUUCACUUUAGGGUCAGCAGGACAUUAUGAAUUGUUGUUUGUUAAUUCCAUUGAAGAGAGAGAGAAAGAGAGUAAUAAAGGGGGGAGGAGCUAGAAAGGCCGAAGGCCGAAACUCAAAAAAAAAAAACAAAACUUCAAGCCACGCCCACUGUUGUAAUGUGGGCGUGCGGCGUUCUCUCGCCCGCAUCUUUCUUUCGUUACUUUGUAAAUAUUACCGGAUUAGUGUUUUGUUUUAUUAUUAUUAUCAUUAUUAUUAUUACGAAAGAAGAAGAAGCAACACACAGACACACCCACACACUUGAAGCUUCAUCGGUUAGGGAUGAAGCGACAAAUAAAAAGAAGAAAACUAAUAAUUUUUCAAUUCUGACGCGCGAUCAUCAUUCACAAUAAUAUGGCUCCUAGGAAAAAAGAAAGAGAAGAAGAGAGAAACAGCUAGCGAGCGCGCGCGUGUUUUUAUCGAACUCUUUUUCUUUUCUUUUUUUUAAACAUUACUUGGUAGGGAAACCAAAUACAACCUGUAGUCAGUGUGUGAGUGAGAAAAGAGAGGGAAUGAGUGAGAGAGAGCGUGAAAUUAUAGAAAAAAAAACAUUAAUCGUGAAGCGUGAGUUAAAAGUGAGCUGUUUUUCCUCUAAAAAAAACAAGAAAAUAAAAACUCUACAAUAGUGAAGCAAAAAAAAAACUUGUAGGGUUGAGCAAAAUGCGAUGUAAUCUCUUCUUAACUUCUAAAGGAAAUGAUAAACCAAGUAACACAAACACACACACACACAAACGCAGUGAUUUGAGCGUUUUUAAGUCACUGCUGUACACAGUCACACAAACACACACGAAAACAGUGAAAGAGAGAGCGAGAGCGCACGCGCGUCUGUGUUUUGCGUGUAUUAUGUGAAUGCUAAAAAGUUGAAAUUGUAAUUUGCUGCAAAUAAAAAAACCUAGUGUAACGCUUUGAUUCCAAAAAAGAAGAAAAACAUGAAAAUUACAAAAAAUAAUCUUGUGUCAGAAGGGAGGGAUUAAGAGAGAGGAAAAAGAAGCGCGCGAUCGAAACUCGGAGUAGUAGCAAAAAAAAA